GCUGCUGCUGCUGCUGCUACUCUGGUAACCCCUCACCUAGAUCAUCCUUUUGUACACAGCGCGCUGCAGGUUGAUAUCUCUGCGCUCCGUCCAGCUGUCACCGCCUGCAUUGGUUCACCCAGCAGACGCACGUAGGCGCGUAUCCGACCGACCAACCCCCUCUUCCCCCGGCAGACAGACACACUGAAGAGCCGGCUAGCGGCGGGACAGCCAGGCAGCGACGACCCGGACAGGACAGGACUGAGGUCUCCGCAGACCGAGGAGGUGUGACGCUGUGCUGAGUCCCCUCACUGUGUGCAGCAGCACCAUGGCAGCUAUGGGACCAGAGGACAGACCUGGAUCAGGGCCAGGCGGGACGGCUGUCUGCCCGUCAGGACUACAGGCCCAUGUCUCUACAACGACACACAACAGCAAUGGGCCAGACAGACAGCAGACUCUGGUCUAUACGCAGAGCUGUGUCCAGGCUGAGAAAGCUUUCGUGGAAAACAAGACAUCAGUUCACCUGCCGCAGAAGAAGGCUGAGAGAGGCUGGAGCAACCUGGGUGUCUUGCGAACUAUGGGACCCACCAUGCACCCCAGCAACUUGUCAGCUACUGGAGAGGCACCACCAUACAGUUUCCGCAGUCCAGAGUCAGUGGAGAUGGAUGAGAUCAUGGCAGCCAUGGUUCUGACCAGUCUGUCUUGCAGCCCCGUUGUCCAGAGUCCUCCACAAACAGAUCCUGGACCAGCUGGCUCAUCAUCACCAGCUGACAUGGAGUGUGGCGGCGGCGAGCUCUCUGACAGCGGCAGCAGCGGCUACUGGAGCUGGGACCACGGCAAUGUGAGCCCCGCCCCCUCGCCGUCAGUCACUGAAAUGGACAGCAGCCCUGACGAAGGUUUACAUAUGGAACUGGAGCAGGGAGAGGAGCUUAAUGCCAAAAAGCCAAAGAGCUCUUUCAGAGGUGUGUAUAAGUGUCUGUGGCCCAGUUGUGGCAAGGUGCUAACGUCUUCAGUCGGAAUAAAAAGACAUAUCCGUGUGCUGCAUCUGGGCAGUGGGUCAGAUCAGUCACAGAGAGAAGAGGACUUCUACUACACCAAGAUCUCCUGUGACACCGUGGACACCAGCUCCACUCCAGCUCCUUCCCAGCAGGCUCUGGGCCAGGCCCCGUCCUCUCAUCUCAGCUGGGCCUCCUGCGGUUCUCCUCCAGCCUCAGGCCUCCAGAUCCCACCAGCUCACAGGCCAAGGUCCAACUCCAGCUCCGGGCCUGGCCCGAGCAGGCCCAGUCCGCUCAGCCAGUCGGCCCCCAGCAGCUUCUGGCAGAUCCACUCAGAGCAUCUCUAUCAGGCCUGUAGCCCCGUCCAGGUAUCUGUGGCCCCCAGAAGCCCCGGCUGCCAGGGUUGGACUCCCUCUGCGUCUGGCCACAUUAACACUCCGAUGCCACACGUCGCCUUCCAUGGAGUCCACCAUUUUUCUACAGUAGCCCAGAAUGGACAAACCACUGGCACGUUUUUUGCGACCACUGUAGUCUCCACUACACGCUUCACAGCCUGUUCACAUUCCCAGAUGGUGAAACCUCGCUGCCGGUCCGUCAGUGUCGGGGAACAGUGGCUCCAACAGAACAGGCUGCAGCCUAUGAGUGCGUCGCCCUCCCGCACUCACUGCUCCUUCAGGAAGGGUCGCGGGGAGGCCAAAAAGUGCCGCAAGGUGUACGGAGUGGAGCGCAAGGAUCAGUGGUGCACCGCCUGCCGCUGGAAAAAGGCCUGCCAGCGCUUCCCUGACUAAAAACAGCUGCAGGAUGGAGAGAGAGAGCGUGAGAGGUGGAUGGAUGAAUGACUGAUAAAAGAGACUUAUAUCAAAAAGAGGAUAUAAAUUAGGGCCCGAGAGCCAUCAAGAAAAACAGCCGUUCUCUUACUUCAUGUGUUUUUUUUUAACUUUCAACUUGUUUUUUUUCUUUCCCUAAAGAAAUGCAAAUGGAGUUUUCUGUAUCUUUGUAACUUGAUCCUGAAAACUGAAGUCUGCGAUGGUGCUACCUGUUGAUUGAAUUUGACCAUGUGAUGUGCUAAGCCUACAAUACUCUCCUACUUUAUCCAAAGGUCAUAUUAUUGCCCCUGUAGCUCCACUCUAUUAGACUGCUACUUGGCUGUUUUCCUUAUUCCAACCCUCUCUUCCAGUGGUUACACAGUGGUUAUGAUGUACAUGAGAUAGUGUGCUUUGAGUUACGUACGAGUAUUUUAUACCUUUUUUUUUUAAUCGUCUCGUUCAGCCCGUGUAUUGGGCAGAUUGUUUUUUGGGGGGAAUUUUCAUGUUUUUUGGCACUUUGUUGGAAUAUAAACUCACAAGAAUAAGCUACAUUUGGUUUGACUCAACCAAGUUCCUGUUUCCUUCCUGCCCGCGUGUUGGCAUACGACCAGUGUUAAUGGUUUUAUCCGUGAAGCUAUGGAGUCGUGGUGUUGGUACUAGCGUUAGGGGAAUGAGUUUGUGAUAGCAAUAAAAAAGAGGAAAUAUAUUGUCAAACACAAAUUAAAAAGCACUGAGAAUUUGAAA